AUGGCUCCAAAGCAGUCACACACCGCGUCUCCGAUCUCGACUCUUCAGAACCCAGACAAACGUUGUAAUCCGUGCAGCCGUCACUUCCACCCGGCACGGUUGAUCAUCGGCGAUUGCCACGAGCCUCGAAGCAACUCGUGGUCGGCAGAGAUUUCUACCAUCUGCCAUGUCGAUAUAAGCUGGGCCAUGGGGAAUGAUCUUGAUGUAGUAAGUACUAGCCCAACAGCGGCUAGGCACGCGCUGUGGAUCGGUGCGCCUUCUAUUCCCCGGUCAAAGUUUUUUCUCCUUGCGGCCUUCUCUCCACACGAGAUGGCAAUCCCCACAUUGUUUCCGGUGUCCGAUGUUUUGCCGGACGAUGCAGUGCAGAUCAGCUGGGCAAUUGUUUGUGACGAUCUUGGUGGUUGGGGGAACAUCGUGAGUGGGCACUGGCAACAAACCGAGUGGACGCAACAGCCGACGCUCGGCAGAGCUAGAUGA